CUUCAAGUCCAUGUUCGUGACCAGGAUUCAAACCAGAGCUAUAUAGAUCCGAAGAAAAGCAACACUUCAAAGAAAGAAAGAAAGAAAAAAAAAAGUGGCACUUUAGGGGCCGAAAGCGGCGCAAUUCAGUGUCACACCUGCAGACUGUUCUGCUGCUCCACAGAGAUGCAGCACCACUGGAGGUAGUACCGUGAGUCAGCCGUGCGCAGUGACAAAAGACAGAAAGCUUUUCUUUAAAUGUCAGCAAAUCAAAGCUUUAGCAACAGAAGCAAGGUCACCUUGUGUGGGAUCUAACGGCGAGCCGAGACUCGGGUCUAUUGUUUCUUCUUCGUCUUGUUGGAGUGUACCAAAGAGCGCAGCAGACUCUCAUCCAGGAUUCAAUUUGGUCACAAAUACACUUUUUUUGGACUAUACCUGUUCACCUGGAUACACAUAACCACGCUUACAGACAGGUGUGUGUGGAGGGAAUAAAAAAACAAAAAAGUGACCAGGUUUUUUGAGGUGAAGACUUUGGCACAGGGUCUCGGGAGUGAUGGCGGCGUCUGCACCCUCCUCCUCUGGCGGCGAACCGGAUCCCAACUCGACAAAUUUACGGCCACCGGGCUCAAGUUAUGAUGCGUGGUGUGGAGUUGCGCAUGGAUGUACUAGAAAAUUGGGAAUGAAGAUAUGUGGAUUCCUGCAGAAGAACAACAGUCUGGAGGAGAGGAGCAGGAUUGUGAGUUCCUUCAAGGAGCGCACAGCCAAGAACCUGCUGUCCUGCGAUAACAGCGGCGGAGAGGCGCGUUUCAGGCGAACAGAGACAGACUUCUCCAAUCUGUACGCCAGAGAUCUGUUACCUGCCAAAAAUGGAGAGGAGACAACCAUGCAGUUCUUGCUGGAGGUCGUGGAAAUCCUCACCAGCUAUAUCCGGAAGACUUUUGACAGGACCACUAAGGUCCUGGACUUCCACCAUCCUCACCAGCUGCUGGAGGGCAUUGAAGGCUUCAACCUGGAGCUCUCUGACCAACCCGAGUCUCUGGAGCAGAUCCUGGUGGACUGCAGGGACACCCUGAAAUAUGGAGUGAGGACAGGUCACCCCAGGUUCUUUAACCAGCUGUCCACUGGAUUAGAUAUUGUGGGGUUGGCAGGAGAGUGGCUUACCUCUACAGCCAACACUAAUAUGUUCACCUACGAGAUCGCCCCUGUUUUCGUGUUAAUGGAGCAGCUGACUCUGAAAAAGAUGAGAGAGAUUGUUGGCUGGAUGGAUGGAGAAGGUGAUGGCAUAUUUUCUCCAGGAGGAGCAAUUUCCAACAUGUACAGUGUGAUGAUUGCCAGAUACAAGUUCUUCCCAGAAGUUAAGACCAAAGGCAUGGCAGCUGCACCCAGACUGGUCCUCUUCACCUCAGAGCAUAGCCACUAUUCCAUCAAAAAAGCGAGUGCCGCUCUGGGGUUUGGAACAGAGAACCUGAUCCUUUUGAACACAGAUGAGAGAGGAAGAGUCAUUCCUGCUGACUUAGAAGCCAAAGUAAUAGAGGCUAAGCAAAAGGGGUAUGUUCCUAUGUUUGUGAAUGCCACCGCUGGUACCACCGUCUACGGAGCUUUUGAUCCCAUCAAUGAAAUUGCAGACAUCUGUGAAAAGUACAACAUGUGGCUUCACGUGGAUGGUGCAUGGGGAGGAGGUUUGCUGAUGUCCAGGAAACACAGGCACAAGCUGAAUGGAGUGGAGAGGGCCAACUCAGUCACCUGGAACCCUCACAAGAUGAUGGGAGUGCCACUGCAGUGCUCUGCCAUUCUAGUCAGAGAGCGGGGACUGUUACAAGGCUGCAACUCUAUGUGUGCUGGAUACCUCUUCCAGCCAGACAAACAGUACGAUGUUACAUACGAUACUGGUGACAAAGCCAUUCAGUGUGGGCGGCAUGUUGAUAUCUUCAAGUUCUGGCUCAUGUGGAAGGCAAAGGGAACUGUAGGAUUUGAGCAGCAUAUUGACAAGUGCCUGGAUCUGUCAGCCUACCUCUACAGUAAGAUCAAAAACAGAGAGGGAUUUCAGAUGGUGUUCAAUGGAGAGCCGCAGCACACUAAUGUCUGCUUCUGGUACAUUCCACCGAGCCUGCGUGAUUUACCUGAUGGGGAAGAGAGACGGCAGAGGUUGCACAAGGUAGCCCCAAAGAUCAAGGCAAUGAUGAUGGAAUCAGGGACUACGAUGGUGGGUUACCAGCCACAAGGAGAUAAGGUCAACUUCUUUCGCAUGGUCAUCUCCAACCCUGCUGCUACCAGGUCAGACAUCGACUUCCUGGUCGAGGAGAUUGAGCGACUGGGGCAUGAAUUGUAAGAGUUACACCCGUAUUUUUUUUUCAUAAACAUUUUGUCUUUUCCAACUCCGGAGAGACUCAGUCUUGGCUUCGUAUCCCCUUUGUCUCAUAAAGACGUGGAGUUUUGCUUAUAGGUAUUUUCUGCCAGUGCACAACAAAUAAUAAUAUGCCCUGUGUGUUUCUGUCUCUUUUGUCUUUUGCAACAGUGACAUGUACUUUAAACAUUUGCACAACAGGUUAUCUGAGUAAAAAUGAUUAAACACAGUGGCAUUCUUGAGAAAGCAUAUGUGAAGUGGAGAUAAAGCUGAGUUUAACAUGGGGUUUCAAUGAAAUAUGCAAUAGCAAGAAUAUCUGAACACUUGAUGAUUCUGUAUAUAGCUGCUAUGAAAAACCUGCUAUAAAGACUGGUCAGUAUCAAAAAUCCAAAUAUUUUUUCAUAAAACACAGUGUAGGGAACCUUAUAUAGUAUAUAUUUACUAUAUGUGGUAAUUAUUAUUCCAUAAAAAGUAAAUAUUAAGCCAGUUGCACCAUGACAUUGUAGCUGUUAUUUUCCUUUGAUAUACAUACAUAAGUGGAAAUAUAUAACACAGUCAGUCUAACAGAUUCUGUACUUGGUUGCUGUGUUUUUAGAGAUUUUUGUGCAGAGUGUGUAAAGUAUUGUUACAUUGCCUUUGUGCCAAAUGUGUCCUAGUUUUACAGUGAGAAAAUCCUAUAUGUAAAUCAACCAUGUGUUAUGUGGUAGCUACAUGACUUUGUUUAUAUUGAGAGAUUAUACUUGUGAAUAGGUUAUCUGCUAUUUGUAAUGUACCUUCCUUCCUAUUUGGAAACUCUGCUGUAUUAUAUCGCAAUGUUUUGAAUAAUAUUUAUGUCUUUUAGUGUAUUUGUGAACCAAAGAAGAGUUAUGAAUGUCCCUUAUUCUUCCUUAUGGAGGGUCUCAGAUGUUUGUAUAAGAGUACUUCAUUUAACGCCUUUAACUUUAGUGCAAUCAGUGUUGUGUAGCUGUGCAAUGUCCUUGUGAUUUAUUGACUGGCAGUGUGGCCACUACUGCUGGUGCUUUGUUAAUGAUAAAAAGCACAACGCUAAACCAUGAUCACAGGGCAGCUUUUAUUCAAGGGACAUAUGAUUGUCUGUAUUAUAAUGUGUGGAGUGGAGUAAAAGUAUAAUAUGCAAAAAUUUGUCUGUCUGAACAUCCUCACUGUAGGAACAUUUUUGUGUUGAGAAAAAUAUCUGUGCAAAACAAGGAAUGAUUGUCAUGGGAUGUUUUGCCUGAACAUUGAAGUGCACAGUAUUUGCUACUGUAACAAGACUUAUUAAAUAACUGAACACUCCUGAAUUAGGGGGAUAAUAUGUCCUUUGUCAUAUUCAGUGUAGGCACUUUGACAAAUCAUUUGCAAUGUAUUACUGAUGUAUCUAGAAGGCUAAUAAAAACAUGAGCUUUA